AACUCGUAACCGUUCAGAGGCGCAGCCAGAUCCCCGCGCUCCCGCUCCCGCUCCCGCUCCCGCCGCCGGGAACUCACGACCGCCGAGCCGGCACCGGCGUUGUCUCGGAGCACGUUACUCUGUGGCCCACCGCUGGCGGGCUCGACCGAGCGCGCAAGGCUGUCUGCCGGCCAUCCUCGUGCACGCGCUCACGCCGCCCUCCCUCGUGCGCGCCUCCUGCGCGAUGCCGCCGGCGCCGGCGUACGCCGUCCUCGCUGCAGCAUUCAGGACCAGAAACCCCAUCUGCGUUCAUAGGUGGCUCGCUGUUUUUGGUUGGCGCACGCCUACCGUUCGACAGAAUGUGUCGGAGGUGCUUCCUGAUGCGGUAUUGGCUCCAGGCUUCCGCCCAAGCAUUGUUCCAAGAGGAUAUGUUCUCGGGUCGCCAAGGCUUUGCCAUACCAGCGCUUCCGGGGACUCCCUAGAUGUCCGCGUCGGUGAAGUCCUGAGAGUUCUCAAGUCUUGUGAUGCUGAUGCUGACCUCAGCAAAUACCUGUGUUGGUUUGCCGAUGAGAUUGACGAGGAUGUUGUUCUGAAAGUCCUCCAGAAGCAGAGGUCCAAUUGGCAGGUCGCGCUGCUGUUCUUCACUUGGGCGGCCGGUCUGCCUACGUAUGAGCACGGUCCGAGGACAUACAUCGAGAUGCUCGACAUCCUUGGGCGGAUGAAGAAGGUCAGGCUUAUGAGACAGCUCUUCGAUGAGAUUCCUGAACAACGCCGUGGGUUGGUUGUAACGAACAGGAUGUUUGCUGUCCUGUUGAACCGGUAUGCAGGGGCUCACAAGGUGCAAGAAGCGAUCGAAAUAUUCUACAAGAGGAAUGAUUAUGGGUUCGAGGUUGACUUGGUUGGAUUCCAGAUACUUCUGAUGUCGCUCUGUCGGUACAAGCACGUCGAGGAGGCUGAGGCCCUCUUUCUUCAGAAGAAAGAUGAGUUCCCUCCUGUCAUAAAGAGCUGGAACAUCAUUCUUAACGGUUGGUGUGUCAAGGGAAGCCUGCCUGAUGCUAAAAGGGUUUGGAAUGAGAUCAUUGCAUCUAAGCUUAAGCCGGACCUCUUCACAUAUGGUACGUUCAUAAAUGCACUAACCAAAGCUGGCAAACUUAGUACGGCUGUGAAACUAUUCACAAGCAUGUGGGAGAAGGGAAUCAAUCCCGAUGUGGCAAUUUGCAACUGUAUCAUUGACCAAUUGUGCUUCAAGAAAAAGAUUCCAGAAGCACUUAAGAUUUUUGGUGAGAUGAAUGACCGUGGUUGUCAAGCAGAUGUGGCUACCUACAAUACUUUGAUCAAACACUUCUGUAAGAUAAGGCGGACGGAAAAAGUUUAUGAGCUUUUGGAUGAUAUGGAGAAGAAAGGAUGCUCUCCAAACAACAUGACAUACACCUACAUUCUGAAGACAACUGAGAAACCUAGAGAUGUUAUGAAUUUGAUCCAGAGGAUGGAGGAAUCAGGUUGUAAGUUGGACUCUGACACGUAUAAUUUAAUAUUGAACCUCUAUGUCAGUAUGAAAUAUGAGAAGGGGGUACAACAAGUAUGGGAGGAGAUGGAGAGGAAUGGAUCAGGUCCAGAUCAGCGAUCAUUUACUAUUAUGGUUCAUGGACUUCACUCCCAGGGACAGCUGGACCAGGCUUUGCAAUAUUACACAACAAUGAAGUCGAGAGGGAUGACUCCAGAGCCAAGAACCAGGAUAUUGGUGAAAGCAAUACAUAUCAAGAAGGGUGGGCCUGAGACAGAAGAUCGAUCCCCAAGUAUGACUGGGAGAAAUCUAAAAUUGGAUCGUCGAUCAGGACUUUUCCAUGUUCGUAAAUAGUCACUGGAAGAUAAGUAAUCCUACCAGAAGAUGCUGAGCAUCUGGGUUUAUGGAACAUAAUCUAGUGACUUACAACUAUAUACAACCUAGAAAUCCACAAGGGAAGAGUCAUUGGCAAUACGAUGCCCCAAAAUUUAUGCUAUUUGAAAUGUCGCAGCAAGAUAUGUUUAGGAUGUAUUGGGCGAUUCAAUUACAGGUACUUGCUUAGAUGCUUGUAUUCUGGAGAUGUAUGUGAAAUACUUACAUAUGUUUGUUUCUUCAUGCAUUAUAUAUGUCGUUUGUAGUUGCUUCUGACAAAUGAAAACAUAAAACGGGGUUAAGAAUA